AUGAAUGGAACCAUUCCUGAGAGUUCUGGACAACUCUCAAAGCUUGUCAAUCUUUAUCUCACGAAAAAUCCUUGGGAAGGAGUCAUAACAGAAGUCCAGUUGGUGAAUCUCACAAGACUAGAACGUGUAAAACUAAGAACAAGCACAAUCAAGUCCUUGAUUUUCAAUGUGACAUAUGAAUGGGUACCCCCUUUCAGACUCAAGACACUAGAACUGGUAAACUGCCUAGUAGGUCCCAGCUUUCCGGUGUGGCUUCAGGUUCAAAGUGAACUCACCUCUGUGACCCUAAAAAAUGUAGGGAUUGAAGACAUCAUACCGGUGGAAUGGUUCUGCACCAUAUCGUCUCAACUUACCCAUUUGGACCUCUCUCACAAUGGAAUCAAGGGGACGUUGCCGCACCAGUUAGAAUCUCCAAAUAUAUAUGUUAUCGACUUGAGUACCAAUCAUUUUGAGGGACCUCUCCCACUCUGGUCCACUAAUGUAUCUGAAUUUUAUUUUCAGAGCAAUUUAUUUUCUGGGCCAAUUCUGACAAAUAUUGAUGAAUUAAUGCCGCAAUUGAAAUAUCUGUAUUUGUCAGAGAACCGUCUCAAUGGUACAAUCCCUUCGUCGAUAUGUACAAUGAAGGGUUUACAAGUACUUUCUCUCAGGUCCGAUCAAUUAUCCGGGGAGUUCCCUCAAUGUUGGAACGAAGCUCAACCUUUGUGGGUCGUGGACGUGGCGAACAAUAAUCUAUCUGGUAAUAUUUCUAAGUCAAUGGGUUUCCUAAGUUCUCUCUAUAUAUUAAUGUUGAGUAAUAAUAGUCUAGAAGGAGAAAUUCCUCCUAUCUUGCAGAAUUGCUCAUUGACGCACAUUGAUCUUGGAGACAAUAGAUUAUCAGGAUACCUUCCCUUGUGGAUAGGAGAGAAUGUAACAUCAUUUUGGAUGAUACGUUUGCGGUCCAACUCAUUCAGUGGAAACAUCCCUCAAAAAUGGUGUAAUCUUUCAAAUCUUCACAUCCUAGAUCUUGCGCACAACAAUCUUUCAAGUGCUAUUCCAAACUGUUUGGGCAAUCUGACUACUUUGGUUUAUGGCGAUAGCAGCAGAAUGCAAAGCAACUUUUUUGCACAAACAACUGUUGUGACAAAAGGAAGAGAACUUGAAUAUAGCAUUGAUCUUUCAAGAAAUACCCUAGUGGGUGAAAUCCCUAAAGAGAUAACAAGCCUCGUUGCAUUGGGCACCUUAAAUUUUUCAAUGAAUCAUCUCAACGGACACAUCCCAAAGAACAUUGGGAAUUUGCGUUGGUUGGAGACUUUGGAUAUUUCAAACAACAAUCUUUCUGGACCGAUUCCACAAAGCUUGUCAUCUUUGACCUUCUUGGCUCAUUUAAACCUGUCUUAUAACAACUUGACAUGGAGAAUUCCAUCGAGAAAUCAACUCCAAACACUUGAUGAUUUAUCUAUUUAUGAAGGUAACCCUUUACUAUGCGGUCCUCCUCUUCCAACCAAAUGUCCAGGUGAUGAUGAUAAAUCCACUUUACCUGCUCCCCGUGAAAGUUCGGAAAGCAUUUACAAAUGA